AUGGCCGGAGACGGAUUGAAGCCUGGUUUUCCCAGUGGAGCAGUGGCGGAAACGCCGUACGCGGCAGCAAAAACGUCUGUGUGGUGGGAUAUAGAAAAUUGUCAGGUGCCCAGGGGAUGUGACGCCCAUGGAAUCGCUCAGAAUAUAAACAAAGCAUUAAUGAAUAUGAAUUAUCAUGGACCAGUCACCAUUUCCGCCUAUGGAGACAGCAAUGGCAUUCCCUCCUUCAUUCAACGUGCCCUCUCUAAUACUGGAAUCGCUCUCAAUCACGUCCCCGCCGGGGUUAAGGAUGCUAGUGAUAAGAAGAUUUUAGUGGAUAUGCUAUUUUGGGCAGUGGACAAUCCUGCACCUGCCAAUUAUAUGCUCAUUUCAGGAAGCGCGGAUUUCUCUUAUGCCAUUCAUCAGUUACGGAUGAGGAGAUAUAACAUUCUUCUAGCACAACCUUUUAAUAAUGCUUCUCCUGCUCUUGCUGCUGCUGCAACGAAUGUGUGGCAAUGGACAACCCUUGCUGCUGGAAAAUCUCAACGAGAACUUGCUUUUCGUAAUACCAACACAUUACGUCAAUAUUAUAUACCGAUUCCAAUUUCUAAACCUACAUCAGCAAACCAACCUGCUUAUUCCAAUGCCAAUGCUAAUACUUCCAAAGCCCAAAGUUUAUAUAAUCCUGGACGUUAUUUUGAUACUCCUAAAACUAUUUACAUACCUAAGAACUCGAAUCAACUGACUACAACCAGCAUGUCAGGUACGCCAGCUAUAGUUGAAGAAGCUAGUAGCAGCAAUUACCCACGCGCACCAGAUGUUGCACCGGUGAUGUUUGCACCACAUCUUUUUUUCACGACUGAUAGAUCAGAGAAGCACAACAGUAAAAUUGAAGAAGCAAGUAGCAGCUGUUGCCCACGCUCACCAACGGUUGAACAACAUCUUUUGUUUGCAAAGUCUGAUAGUUCAAAUGUGAAAUUAGUCGAUUUUUUUCCCUCUCGUUUCUUCAAAAACAUGGAAAGCGCGCAGCUCAAAAAAGUGAUAGCGGGAGCAGUUCAAAUUCAGCCUCUGCAAGUGUCAAGAGCGAUGGCCGGAGACGGAUUGAUGCCGGGUUUUUCCCGCGGAACAACGGCAAAAUCGCCGUAUGCGGCAGCAAAAACGUCGGUGUGGUGGGAUAUAGAAAAUUGUCAGGUGCCCAGGGGAUGUGACGCCCAUGGAAUCGCUCAGAGUAUAAACGCGGCAUUGAUGAAGAUGAACUAUCAUGGACCAGUCACCAUUUCCGCCUAUGGUGACACCAAUAUCAUUCCCUCGUCCAUUCAAGGAGCCCUCUCUACUACUGGAAUCAGCCUCAAUCACGUCCCAGCCGUGACUAAGGAUGCUAGUGAUAAGAAAAUUUUGGUGGAUAUGAUAUUUUGGGCAGUGGAUAAUCCUGCACCUGCCAAUUAUUUGCUCAUUUCAGGAGAUGGGGAUUUCUCCAAUGCCAUUCAUCAGUUGCGGAUGAGGAAAUAUAAUAUUCUUCUAGCACAACCUGUUUAUGCUUCUCCUGCUCUUGCUGUGGCUGCCACAAAUGUGUGGCAAUGGACAAGCCUUGCUGCUGGAGGAUCUCCACGAGGACUUCCUUUUCGUACCAAUACAUUACCUCAAAAUUAUAUACCAACUCCAAUUUCUAAACCUAUAUCAGCGAACCAACCUGCUUAUUCCAAUACCAAUACCAAUGCUAAUGCUUCUAGGGCCCAAAGUUUAUCUAAUCCUGGAUGCUAUUUUGAUACAAAAACUAAAGCUAUUUAUGUAACUAAGAACUCCAAUCAACUGACUAUGACCGGCAUGUCAAGUAGACCAGCUAUAGUUGAAGAAACUAGUAGCAGCUAUUGCCCACGCGCACCAGUGCAGUUUGUACCACAUCUCUUUUUCACAAAGUCUGAUAGUUCAGAGAACCACAACAGUAAAUUCAUAGAAAAUAAGCCUGCUCAGCGUACUCAACUCCAACCUUUUCUCGUUCCAGAUAACUUUGUGAAAUUGAACUCUUGCCAGGACAAUUUGCGACCUCCUCUUCAACGACCUGAAGGUAGGGGUGAUUUAUGUGGUUCUAUGAACAAGGGUGAUAUACGUCCUGAGUUUUCCUUCCUUCCACCCUCAUCGGGUGUUUCUAAAUCUGUCUGUGGUAAUUUAGAUUUGGAUCUCCAGCUGCCUGAACACAUUCAAAGUCUUAUAAGGGUCAUAUUUAAUUCGUUGAACACUUUGAGGUUCGAGAAGAUUUUGCCUACCAAAGAAAACCUUGGUUAUUGUAUAUGUUAUAGUAACCCUGAAUAUCGUCAUACUGAUGUUACAGUAGCCUUAAAUACUGCACUAGAGCAACAGAUGAUACUAAAAUUAGGACUAGUUAAUUUUGAGCUAUAUGUUGGUAGGACUGCAAGGAUUUGGAAAUGUGUGAAUCCACUUGGUGGCAAUCCUAACCAUUAUAAGGAUGCAACUUGGAAUGCGAUUGAGGAAUUUCUUUGUUCAACUGUUGGACAUUCAACGAUAGCAGCAUCUGAAUGCAGGUAUGAAGCCGCUUUGAUUCUUAGAAAUGCAUGCCUCAAAAGCCUCACAUUGGCUGAAGUACUUCAAAUCCUGAAUAUGAUUAUCACUCUGAAGGGUUGGAUCAAAACUCACUCUGAGUGGCAACCAAUUACUAUCACUCUUCCAACAACUAAUAAUGAUAAGGAUACCAGAACAGUGAGUGGUAGAACGGGUGCUGAGACGGAUUUCUCCAAUGCCAUUGAUCAGUUACGGAUUAGUAGAUAUAAUAUUAUUCUAGCACAACCUUUUAAAGUUUCUCCUGCUCUUGCUGCUGGUGCCACGAAUGUGUGGCAGUGGACAAUCCUUGCUGCUGGAGGAUCUCCAUGA